GCCGGUGCAGUACACACACCCACACUGAGGGCUGCGAUGUGACUGUUUACCAGAGGAAUACAGCGUGUUUCUGUGGGAUUUUCUCUCUACUGUCAGCCGGAUAAUGCGAGAGGACAGGCGGGGAGUCAUGUUGGCCAUGCGGGACACUUGUGUUGCGGUUCUUCUCUGUGUGCUGAGUUCGGUGUGCGCAGUCGAAGAGACAGUGAUGGAUACAAGGACGGCCACAGCAGAGCUUGGCUGGAUCUCGUUCCCUGCCAAUGGGUGGGAGGAGGUGAGUGGCUACGAUGAGAACCUCAACACCAUCAGGACGUACCAGGUGUGCAACGUGUUUGAGCCGAGCCAGAACAACUGGCUUCUCACGACUUACAUCGACCGGCGGGCGGCGCAGCGCAUCUACGUGGAGAUCCGCUUCACCGUCCGCGACUGCGCCUCCAUCCCCAGCGUUCUGGGCUCCUGCAAGGAGACCUUCAACCUGUACUACCUGGAGACUGAGAGGGCCGUGUCAGAGGGCAUCAAAGGGGUGGAGUACUGGGCCAAUGCCCCUUUCCUUAAGGUGGAUACCAUCGCAGCAGAUGAGAGUUUCUCCCAGGUUGAUUUUGGGGGAAGACUAAUGAAGGUGAACACAGAAGUUAGGAGUUUUGGACCGUUGUCCAAAGGCAAAGGUUUCCACUUGGCCUUCCAGGAUCUUGGAGCCUGCAUGUCCCUCCUGGCUGUCAGAGUGUUCUACAAGAAAUGUCCCAGCGUGGUUCAGAACUUCGCUUUCUUCCCAGAGACACUGACUGGAGCAGAGUCCACCUCAUUAGUCAUCGCUAGAGGAAGUUGUAUUCCCAACGCUGAGGAAGUCGACGUGCCCAUAAAGCUCUAUUGUAACGGAGAUGGGGAGUGGAUGGUGCCCAUCGGCAGCUGCAGCUGCAAGGCGGGGUUUGAACCGGACAAUGGCAACGUUUGCAGAGCAUGCCCUCAGGGCACCUUUAAGUCGUUCCAGGGGGCAGGAUUAUGUCAGCAAUGUCCACUCAACAGUCGCUCCACCAUCGAGGCCGCCACCCUCUGUGGAUGCCGCAACGGAUAUUACCGUGGAGACAUGGACAAAGCAGAGGACGUGUGCACAAGUGUCCCUUCGGCUCCUCGUAACGUGGUCUCAGUCGUCAACCAGACAUCAGUGAUGGUGGAGUGGCACCCACCGCGGGAUAUCGGGCACCGUGAAGACCUGUCGUAUAACGUCCUGUGCCGCCGAUGCCAUAGCAACGAGCGCCGAGCGUGUCAGCCGUGUGACGACAGCGUGGCAUUUAUUCCGGGCAAGCAAGGGUUAAAGGAAACGAUGGUGGAGAUCAGCAAGCUGCGGGCCCACACAUCAUACACCUUCGAAAUUCAGGCAGUCAACGGAGUAUCCAACAAAAGCCCUUAUCCCGCCCAACAACUGUCAAUCAACAUUACAACCAAUCAGGCGGCUCCCUCUGUAGUUCCCAUAAUGCACCAAGUGAGUUCAACUAGUCGCAGUUUCUCGUUGUCAUGGCCACCGCCCGAGCAGCCCAACGGAAUUAUCCUCGACUACGAGAUACUAUACUUUGACAAGUCCCUGUCCUCAUCGCUGAACAGUUCAAUGGUCCAGAGCAAGAUUCCCAAUGUGGUUCUGGAGGGUCUGAGGCCAGGGACCGGAUACGUGGUCAAGGUGAAGGCCCGCACUGUGGCUGGAUAUGGUGCCUACAGCAAGGAGAUGCUCUUCCAAACGCUCACCGACGAUGAGUAUAAGUCAGAGCUUGGACAGCAGCUCUCUCUGAUUGCAGGCUCUUUAGUUGGUGGAGUGUGUAUCGUAUCAUUGGUUGCUAUUGGCAUCAUCUGUACCAGGAGGAGGCAGUUGAAGGAGAGUGUGUACGGUGACAAGCUGCAGCAGUACAACGCAGGAGGAGAGGUGACAAUGAGGCCGGACAUGUUCAGCGGGCCAACACCCACUGUGACCUUUCCCACAAUGUCUGACGGUCAUAGUUCACCGGGGGUCAAGAUCUACAUUGACCCCUUCACCUAUGAGGACCCCAACGAGGCAGUAAGGGAGUUCGCCAAGGAAAUCGACCCCUCCUGUGUCAAAAUAGAGGAAGUCAUCGGAUCAGGUGAGUUUGGGGAGGUGUACAAAGGUCGUCUGAAGCCGGUCGGGAAGAAAGAGAUUCCUGUGGCCAUAAAGACCCUGAAGGUCGGCUUCUCUGAGAGGCAGAGGAGGGACUUCCUGUCCGAAGCAUCCAUCAUGGGCCAGUUUGACCAACCGAACAUCAUCAGACUGGAGGGCGUGGUCACCAAGAGCAGGCCCACGAUGAUCAUCACAGAGUUCAUGGAAAACGGAGCUCUUGAUUCAUUUCUCAGGCAAAAUGAUGGGCAGUUCCCAGUGAUCCAGCUGGUGGGUAUGCUGAGAGGCAUCGCGUCUGGAAUGAGGUACCUGGCGGAAAUGAGUUAUGUUCACAGGGACCUGGCUGCUCGGAACAUCCUGGUGAACAGCAACUUGGUGUGUAAGGUCUCUGACUUUGGAUUAUCACGAUAUCUGGAGGACGACACCUCUGACCCGACCUACACCAGCUCACUGGGAGGUAAAAUCCCAGUGCGCUGGACGGCCCCGGAGGCCAUCGCAUACAGAAAGUUUACGUCGGCCUCAGAUGUCUGGAGUUACGGGAUAGUCACCUGGGAGGUGAUGGCAUACGGAGAGAGGCCUUACUGGGACAUGAGCAACCAAGAUGUGAUAAAUGCCAUCGAGCAGGACUUCAGGCUGCCAGCGCCCAUGGACUGUCCCGUAGUGCUGCACCAGCUGAUGCUGGACUGCUGGCAGAAAGACAGGAACUCGCGACCAAAGUUCCCCGAUCUCGUCAGCAUGUUGGACAAAAUGAUACGCAAUCCUGCAUCCCUCAAAACCGGCACUAAUAACAUCCCUCCUGCACCUUCCCAUCAUCCCUUGUUAGACCGCGGGGCUCCAGACCUGAGCAGCGUGAGCUCCGUGGAGGACUGGCUGGCUGCGUUGAAGAUGACCCAGUACAGAGACUCCUUCCUGGGCUCCGGCUUCACAUCUUUGCCACUCGUCACAGAUAUCACAGCCGAAGAUCUUCAGAGGAUCGGAGUGGCUCUAGCUGGACACCAGAAGAAGAUCCUGACCAGUGUUCAGUCGAUGAGGCACAACAUCGAUGACCAGUCUCCUACGGAAUCUGUGUAACCACAGCGGAGUGAUACAGUACGAAAUAUUUGACGAGUGUACAGUCUGAGCGAGCAGGCUGUCAUCUCUUCACACGUCUGUUUUACCCUCAUUCACUUUUGUUCACCACUCCUGGAUAUAAACCACUCUACAUGUUUUUAAAUCACUGUGGCUGUUUUUGUGGCCUCAUGACUGCGAGUCGACGGACAGACCCAUUUCACACCUUUUAGUAAACUGACAAAGACUAAAUGCAAGAGGGAAAAACAAAAGCAGAAAAUAGUGUCUGGACUCACUGUAAUGGGUACAAUCCCAACUGACCAUCCCUUUUCACCACAAAUCUCUGUGGAGGAUCAGUUUUUACCAGCUUGACUGGUUGAUUCAAGGAUCAAUGAUUAGAGGACUAUGAAUCUCACAAACAUGCUACUGUGAAGAGAAAACUGACAUUGAUAUACAGAAACACAAACGGGUCUAAAAGCCUGAGAAAGAGUCUUUUGAAACAGUGUUUCCGGAGAGCCCUCACAGACUGUUUUAUCUCCAUAACGUUUCGUUGAGACUGCUUCAGUGUGUUGGUGAAAAUUGCUACAAUUUGAAUCCAGACGAGAGACAAAGGUUAAAUGGGACUUUUGGAAUCUAUCUUCAUAUUGAAGAGUCUGUACAUAUUAUGAUAUGGGAUUUUUAUUUCCCAUUUGCUCAUUAUUUCACUUUCUCUACAGCAUCAAACAAUUAAUUGUGUUUCGGUGUUUUGUGAGCUCUCUAUGAUUAUCUUCCUCUGCCUGACUCAUCACUGGAACAAACUUUAAAGUGGACUGCAGACAAAAGAAAAUGGAAAAAAUAGGUUUCAUGCUGCUGUGUUUUACUCCUUUUUAUGCAGCACAAGAAAAGACAAACCCUUUCACAGAGAGAGCUUGAAAAGCUUGGCCUACUUAAAAUACUUAAUUCAGAGGUUACUCAUUAUGGAUGAUGUUUUACAAUCAGCGCACAUGCCCUCUGAGUAAAGGCAAUUAUAGACCAGGAAACCAAAAUCAGAUAAAGAAAUAUGAAACCAGAGCAGUGUUAUACGUCUGUUUCCUAUCUGGGAAGCAACUUGAGAGUGUGGGAGAAGAGGAAAGCAGCUUCGGAGACUGUGGAUAUUGAGUCAUUACCAGCUGCUGAGGAGCACCUGUUGAGAAGAAACAGCAGUGGCCAGAUUAUCCUGAAAGGCUGAAAAGGUAUUCCCAUCCAAUGUUCUUGUGAUUUGGCUGCAAACACUUAAGCCGACUGCCAGUCAGGCAUUAAUACAACACAAGAACAAACCAGACAUCCAAUGCUCAUGUACUGUUCACGCAUGAAACAAAUCUCAUUUCUAUCAAAGACGGUAUGGCCGCCGUCCAGAUGGUAAUCGCUCUACAGCAGGCAGGCAGGGGCCUUUGUUUCAACUCCUUUUUUCAUUCUCUGGCUGCUGAACACGUCCCAUGUUGUUAGAUUCUGUUGUGACAGCCACAUUUCCUCCAGAUUGACAUCAGUGAUUAAUAUUGUUGUGUCAGAUUGCAGAUGAAAUGACAUGAAGUGACCUAUUCACAUCUGUGGACGGCAACCUUUACGCAACACUCGUUUACACGCAACAAUGAUUGAUUUUACAGACAUGUCAGAGAAGGGGAUCUAACGGGAAAAGAUAGUAAAAUGCUGGAGGGGUCAAGAAGGGAAUCAGAGGCUUGUUUGUCAUGAUUCUGUGCGGAAAUGUGAGGUUUGAUGCACCGGUCCUGACACACUGUAAUAUCAAGAAUGCCUAAUCUGUUUUAUCUGAGCGCUGAGCAGAUUACCAGCUGUGAAACAACAGAAAGCCUUCAGCCCAAACCUCUAGUCAUGGGUUUGCUCCCACAUCCCGAGGAUUACCAGUCGGCAGCACUGAUUGGAUGUUGUGAUUUUGAGUUGUCAUCCCCUUAGAGCCGUGCACACAAAAGAAGUGAUAGUAUUAAGUUGUUUCCUUUCAACUCGUUUCACCUCUAACAUGUCCUACAGCACUAUGUUCGGAGCAGCCCUCACUCUGUUUAUUUAGGAGCAUUGUGACAUUGAGAGGUCUGUGACUAUUUGAAACUUCCAAAAAUGUGCCACUUUUUUUGGGCUACCGAAAAUUGCAUUUGUUGCCCGGCAACUAGAGCUUAUUGAACAUUUUAUGAGGAAGUAUUGAGAUCAACUGGGAGGGUGUCAGUGGUUCAGAGGCAUAAUGGUUGUAAAUAAAUGCCUGAGCAGAAACAGUACAGCGCUGGAUCGGGGGUUUAACAGAGAGCAAGGUGAUAAGUGUGCCUAAAUCCUCAUAUUGAACGCCAUCUAAAAAAUAUGUCAUGCAGGAGAAAUGAAAGCAAUCAUCCCAGACAGGCUUAUACAAUUAUUAUGUUGCAUUUAGCUACUGUAAGUGUGAUUAAUCUAUCCUUUGCUCUAUUUACCAAGGUUAGAUGUGAACUUUCAGAGGGUGCUUACCUGACCCCGUGUCAGUGUUUGUGAAUGAUCUACAGUUCGCUUUGUAUUUAUACCAUGACAUGUCUUGGUUUGAGCACAAACAGAGAGGAGAACUCAGGAAACGGAUGUGAGGCUUUCUUUACAUUGCUGCAUAAAAUGCGAUAAUUUAUUGGUAGAUCUUGCACUAUAUACUCAGAUUAAUACGAGAUUAGGUGCUUUAUAAGCGCUCCUGAAAUAAAUUGUUUUUUGAUGUUAUUUUUCUGAAGUGCUUAUUAAAAGUUAAAUCCAACCCAUAAAAGAAAGGAACAUAUAACUUAAUGAUUUCAGAGGCUUCCUGAUAAUAUCAGUGCAGAAUGCCUGAGCACGUCUCCUAGUUCACGGCUAAAUUACAUUUUUAAUCCUUUUUAUUAAAAGUGGAGAGUUUGACAUCAAGCUUUUCAAGUGCUUCUCUUUUUGUAUGGAGAGUUUUUAGUUCACCACGCUUCUAAUGAAACUCCAUCCUUGACAUUUUUGCAACUAUUUGUUAUUCAUUACUAUUUUACGCACAUAUAUUGUGCUUUUUCACUGUAUUAGAUUUAAAACUAUUUCUCUAAGACAUCAGCUGUGUGCCAUGCUAUGCUACAUUACAAACUAAAUCACACUGUUUACACUGGGAAAGUAUGUCAACAAAUCUGUUUCUUUUGUUGUUAAUGGUCACUGCAUUUGCAUCUGUGCAUGUAUUCAGUGUUCAGCACCAAGGCAUAUCGUUUGUAUCUUUUAGGUAUCACAAAAACUAUAUAUCCUUGUAAGACACAGGAUAUCUGUUAGAUUUGAUUUCCCAGUGUUCUUCAUUACUUUGAUCUAGUUCAUCGCAGCAUUCUUGGUACAUUAUCACCAUCUGUGAUUACAGUUAAGUAGUGUGAAACCAUUUCAAAUCAUGUAUGAAUGUUCCUAUGCAUGUGAGCUUGCAAAAAGAUGAAUGAAGAAUAACCUUUCAUUUGAUAAACAUUGUUACCCCAAUUACAGUUUACCUUGUGUUAAACCAACAAAUAUCCACUCCUGAAUAACUCAUAUUUAUGAAUGCGAGUGAAACAAGCGUUCUAACUCAUCGCCAUCUCCAGAGUUGUUUUAAAACAAUCCAUUUUUAGACAGCCUUGAAUCCUUUUUUGAUGCAAUAACACAUGUAUUCUUGAGAUAGGGUAGCGAACAAAUCCACCCAAGAUAAAGUAUCCCUGCGUUUAUUAGAAUAAGGAAUGGGACUUUUAUAUGCACAAAGAGCUCCUCUUGCUUCACAUCCCCAUACAGCAUUGUUUUGAGCUACUGUAAUUAAAGGUGGAUAUCCCCUAUAAAAGAAAAGAUAGAAAUAUGCCUCUAUUUGUACAUAACAUAAUCAUAAUCUUGUGGAUUUAGUGUUACAGGAACCUUUGUGGAAACGUGCUGCUCUGAAAAAGGUUAGCAUGUAUCUGUGUCCACAGUCUCAAAUGGAGGUUUGCUGUUCCUCUCAAUGGGGACGACAGUUGAAUAGUGGUACAAAUGGCAGCAGACGUACUGUAAGCCCUUGCUCUCUGUUACUGAGGGACUGACACCCAAACCUGACAUUUACUGCAGAUGUGUAAGAUAGAGAACUCCAUUCAGAAUCCACUGUAUCUGUGGUGGACGUAUAACAACAUGAUGUUACAUUGUGUCUGGCCAAUUAACCACGGAACGGGAAAAAAAUAACAAUAUUCGACAAAAUAGGCAGAGAAAUGCGAGGUGUGUCACCGCCUCUAAGUGCUUUAGGGUGGAUUCAUCUUCUAAAGGCAUUUAUUUUUCUGGAGGCUUCUCUCCUCUCCUGUUGCUCUGGUGUAAUAGAUACGGUAGGUGAGCCUGGAGAUGAGAGGGAAAGAGUGAAAGGGAAUAUGGAAUAGAUGGGGCCAGAGGAGAAAUAUUACAGAAGGGAAAAAAGGAAAAGGAGGGGGUGAAGCAGAGCUCGACACUGGUGUUUGAAUAAAAAUGAGGCUGGGUGUGGAGAGAUUACUCUUUCUUUUUUUGUCUCCCUCUCUCCCUGCUCUACCCAGCCGUCCUCUUUCUUCUGCUAAAGCCUCUCUGUACAACUCACUCUGCUUCCACUCUGUAUCUCCACUGACUUAACAGCUCACUUUUCUUCUUAGAUGCAUGUUUUCUCAAAAACAUUUUGACUUGCAUCUCCUGAUGAUGUACAUUAAAAUCACACAAACCCUUCAGUGUGGUAUGGGGGGUUUCAAGGAGAGCAUUUAUCCCAAAACUGUGAACGUCAAGGUCUUCUUUACCCACAAAUGGCAGAUGUAUUGUGUUCUUCAUGUGUUAGGUCAUUCACAGUGUUUGAUCAAAUAACUAAAACAGUCUGGCUAAGGACACAUGCAGAAAAAAGUGUUUUUCUACUUUUAUUUAAUUUUAAUUUAUUUUGUUUCCUAUUGCUUGCCAUUGUUUUCAGUAUGUGUGUAAUGUAUUGGUUUCUCUUGAAAAAAGAACAGCUCAGUAAUCAGCUGUAGUCUGCCUUUCUCUGUUUACCUGAAACUGUUAUAGGUGUUACUGCUUUUAUUAUUGGAGCAGCCCACUGUAAUGUACUAUAAUGCUGUAAUAUACCGUGAGUAUGCGUGCAUCUGUGUGUGUGCUCGCUAGUGUGAGUGUGUGUGUGUGUGUGUAAUAUAAUGUGUGUGUGCUCCUCCGUGUACAGUACAAUGUUUGUAUAUCGUGCGUGUGUGAGUUUGUAGCUGUUAACUUCCUGAGUCUUACAUUUACAAUGCACUGUUUGUCAAUAAAGAAGACAAAGCAAUCAAGCUGA